UUCGGGUACUUCGUUGGGCCAGUCUAACUAAGACAGUCUGGGGCUCGGGAGUGCAAGUCCGUUCCGAGGAAAACUCGACAACUUUCUGAGAAAGUAAACUUGAGAAACAUAUCGUUGUCAAGGAGCUACAACAUGGCCGACCAUUCAACCAGGCACUCCUCUUCUUACAAAAGGAUGUUCGGGGCAGAGAGAGCCAUGGCCACUCGUCCCAGCUACUCAAGCCGCCAGUACUCCAGGCCGUUCUCGCGGGUCGGUCUCUCCUCCGCGCCGACCAUCUUCGCGUCAAAGGUCUCCCGGGUGCGCAGCAGCGCCCCGCCGGUCCGCCUGGCGUCGGAGAGCUUGGACUUCAGCCUGUCCGACGCCAUAAACACCGAGUUCAAGACCAGUCGCACCAACGAGAAGGCGCAGAUGCAGCACCUCAACGACCGAUUCGCGAACUACAUCGAGAAGGUGCGCUUCCUGGAGCAGCAGAACAAGAUCCUGCAGGGCGAGCUGGAGCAGCUGCGCGGGAAGGGCACGACGCGCAUCGGCGACCUGUACGAGGAGGAGAUGCGCGAGCUGCGGCGCCAGGUGGACCAGCUCACCAACGAGAAGGCCCGGGUGGAGGUGGACCGCGACAACCUGGCGGAGGACAUCGAGCGACUCCGGGAGAAGCUCCAGGAUGAGAUGAUCCAGCGCGAGGAGGCGGAAACCAACAUGCAGAGUUUCAGGCAGGACGUGGACAGUGCCUCUCUCGCCCGCGUGGAUCUGGAGCGGAAGGUGGAGUCUCUGCAGGAGGAGAUCGCCUUCCUCAAGAAGCUGCACGAUGAGGAGAUGGAGGAGCUGCAGGUUCAGAUCCAGGACCAGCAUGUCCAGGUGGACAUGGACGUGGCCAAGCCGGACCUGACCGCCGCCCUGAGGGACGUGCGUCUGCAGUAUGAGAACCUGGCCACCAAGAACAUCCAGGAGUCCGAGGACUGGUACAAGUCCAAGUAUGCUGACCUAUCGGAGGCGGCUGCUCGUAACAGUGAGGCGAUCCGUCAGGCCAAGCAGGAGGCCAACGAGUACCGCCGCCAGGUGCAGGCGCUCACCUGCGAGGUGGACUCCCUGAAGGGAACCAACGAGUCCCUGGAUCGGCAGAUGCGGGGGUCGGAGGAGAGCUUCGCCCUGGAGGCCUCGCAGUACCAGGACACCAUCGCCCGCCUGGAGGAGGACAUCCACAGCAUGAAGGAGGAGAUGGCCCGGCACCUGCGUGAGUACCAGGACCUGCUCAACGUCAAGAUGGCCCUCGACAUCGAGAUCGCCACCUACAGGAAGCUCCUGGAGGGAGAGGAGAGCAGGAUUUCCACUCCUCUGCCAAACUUCAGCUCCCUGAACCUGAGAGAAACCAUGCUGGAGUCCAAGCCAGCGAUUGACAGCAUGUCCUCCAAGAAGGUGGUGAUCAAGACCAUCGACACCAGAGACGGGCAGGUAAUCAAUGAAUCAACCCAACAUCACGAUGACCUGGAGUGAACUUUCACCCCUGCACACACCAGUAUACGAGAGAAAGAGAGAGAGAGAGAGAGAGAGAGAGAGAGAGAGAGAGAGAGCAAUGUAGCCAUCUUUCUGUGAGUUUAUAAAAACCAGAAAACCAAUAAAAGUGCCUUUCUUUGCGGUAAGGAAAGGGCUGGAUGAAGACUGAUAGGUUGGAGUAGGACCCGCUGACACAAGCUUUCACCUCCUGUCCUUUCCCAGUUUACAAUCAACAACAAAGCAAUAAUUCUCACUGCUCCAAACCAAACUCCAAAGGGUUUUCUUCCUCUGUGUGCAAAGAGAUCAAACUGUCUGUGAUUCUGUUUGUCAGUAAAUCUUUCCAGAAAC